UUGACCUUCAAGUGCUCGCAACCUACGUCAGUGGACGAUACCCCUGAAGCGUUGCCUUUUCCCCGUGCCGUCGUUUGAACGUAAGUGCUUCUUGAUUAUCUUAAUGUCCUCUGACUAGUAUUAGUGUCAUUAAGUUUUCUACUUUGCAGGGUGUUUUUUUUCUCAUCCCCUAAUUCAAUUGCUAAUCAACAGACACUUUUAGUAAGCGUUCAGUUUAUGGUAUCCUAUAUGGCCCAUACAACGCUGCCACAUUUAUCAAGCUGCUCUGGGCAUUAUUCUUUUUGAGAUGUAUUUUGUUGUGACUGAAUCCAGUUAACUGAAAAUGGAAAUUAAGGCGAACAUAUAGGAAAUAAAUUGACAGUUCUCUAAGAAAAUAGGAGAAAAAUUGAAGGAAAAUGCGCCUUAAAUUCUUCUUUGUCGCCUGCAUUGGUAGACUAGUGAGACAUAAACAUUUCUGUCCCUCUAGGUGCGAAUUGUUGCUAAAUUUACGACUUAUGAUCUAUUUUUCUCGUACGUCUACUCAAAGUCUACUCACAGUUAUACACUCUCAGCCCAAAAUAUCUUCUACGUUUAUACCUGGCUAAAGACUUUUAUUUACAGGAAACGAAAUCGUGGUCUGCCAAGAGCUUAUGGAAAUCCAGUUGCUUGCCACAUCGUUGUUGCAAGUUCAAUGCUUGAUUGUCAUCGACAAAGGCCUAUAAAAAACCCAUGCAACUUUAAAAACGAAAUUUAAUCUCCAUACGCCUACAAACUGCAUCACUAUGGAGCGUCUUACAUUAUUUCAUCUACGACGGGCCGACAGAACUAACGGACCUGAAACUAGAACUAUUAUAGAUCAAAUGGAGACAGAAAGCCUUGUUAGUAAAGCGUACUACGAGAAACUUUGUCAGUGGAAAGAUGAUGCACUUCGGUUGUUCAAAAUAAACCACAUAAAUUAUCUCAACAAGCGACUUUUCAAUCUGCCUAUGAGUUUUGAACAUUUAGAUGCAAGCCAACCGUGGUUGGCGUAUUGGAUUGUACAUGCUUUAAGACUGCUGAACUUUGUAAUCCCUGAAGAGACCUCGGUAAAAUUGAUAUCGUUUUUAGCAUCCUCUCAGCAUCCGGACGGUGGUUUUGGUGGCGGGCCUUACCAAUUUGCACAUCUUGCAACUUCAUAUGGUGCAGUUAAUUGUUUGGCUUCUUUAUGUCGUCGAGAUGCCCUAGAUAUUAUCAAUCGGGAUACACUGGCUGACUGGAUGCGGAAACUUCAUCAGCCAGACGGCUCAUUUUUAAUGCAUUUGGGAGGUGAAGCUGAUGUUCGAGGUGCCUACUGUGCCACAGCAGUUGCAAAACUUACUGGGUUGCUUAAAAAACAUCCUGAUUUGUUUGAAUCGACUGCAGAGUGGGUGGCUAGUUGUCAGACGUAUGAAGGUGGUUUCGGCGGUCAACCUGGAUUAGAGGCUCAUGGUGGUUAUGCCUUCUGUGCGGUAGCAACGCUGUGCCUUUUGGGAAGGUCAGAUUUAAUUAAUUUACCUAGACUAUUGUAUUGGGUCAGCCAUCGUCAAAUGGCGACAGAAGGUGGUUUUCAGGGUAGAACAAAUAAGUUAGUGGACAGUUGCUACUCUUUUUGGCAAGGUGCUAUUUUCCCAAUUGUCGAGGAACUGUUGUGGCUGUCUGGCGACCCUGCGCUUAAUGACAUUGAUACGUUGUUUAACCCUUCUGCCUUGCAAGAAUAUAUACUGCUCUGCUGCCAAAAGGUUUCUUACACUCGUCCAGGUCUGAGUGUGCAUGCAGAUGAUUCUUCUGCUGAAAAAUUGUCGUCUUCAAAUAAAAAUCUCACGUCUGAAUACAAUGUAUCUACUUCUGAUGGUGGAUUAAUUGAUAAACCUGGAAAAAACCCUGAUGCGUAUCACACGUGUUACUCUUUAAGCGGAUUGAGCGUAGCACAACAUUCUCCUCGUUGCCGUGUUGAAUCACACCAAAAAUAUGAUCUUCCUCAUCCAUCACCUGCUGUCGAUGUAUUAGGUGAAGAAUUAGGUAAUGAACUGGUCGACUUAGACCCUACCCAUAAUAUCAUGCAUGAUGGUUUAGCAUUUACUGUCACGUACUUUUCUGAGCUGGAUAAUGGUCAUUCACCAAAAGAUGCAGAGGAAUUAGCGUUGGCGGCAGCAGAAAAGUAUUCUGUACCCGCAUUAUCAGUAUUCCAAAGACAGGAAAGUCCUACGGAGUUCCAUACUUAUGAUACCAGUGAUAAUGAAAUUACUGUUCCUCAGCAUUCUCAAUCAAUGAACACUUGUACAACGCCGUAGAUAUUUUAUAAGAUUGUGACGUGUGGGCGAGAAUGAUUGGUUGUAGAUAGUCUGACAGGCGCUAGAUAAGUUAUGUAUUCUCUUAUUGUUAUUAUUAUUAUCGAUUGUUGCUGGAUUGUGUCGGCUUGUCGGUUUUUUGGUGUAAAUAUAUUUACGUUUCAGUCAGACUAAUCAUGUGUUCUUGAUCUGAGUUGUGUUG